UUCAUCAUUUACCAUUCAUUGUAGUAUUUUCAGUUUGUUUAUUUUGUUCACCCUUCAAGACAAGAAGUAAAAGAAGUAUAAUUUCUGUAGUAACCAAUGCUGUAAAAACACUGAAGACUGCUUCUUUCUGUAAAAAGAAAAAAACUCAUCUUACCACUACAAAUUCAGUAAGAAGCCCAAGCACGAAAAUAUUUCAGGUCCUUAUGUUCUCAGCAGUCUACUUGUGCAGUUUCAGAGGGAAACCCCUACAGAGUAAAAAGGCUUUAUUGCAUGGAUAUGACAGGAGAACCUCUGUUGUUACAGAGAUGAGUGUGGUAACAUCCCGAUUCCUUCUAUACCACUUGGUGGGAGAGAGUGUGCUUUCUCUGUUUACCCCCAGUUCUGCACUGGUUGACCUAGAAUUUGGACCAGUACUUUAAAAGAACAGAGAGUUCAAAACUGCUUCUUUGGAAUAUUUCUGUCAUCUGGAAGUGCCUACACAUAAGCCCCAUGACGGAUCUGCUUGGCUGAGACAGCAGUUGACAUGCGACCAGCCCUCAGAAUGGAAGACAGAGCCAGCAUCCCAUGAUUCCCGGGGAAAUAUCCAGCGCUGGCUGGGGAAACAGAGCAAUAGUUGGGACACAAUAAUCUAAAUAUGUAACUUCCAAAGAUAAUAAAUAUUCUGGGUACAACCUCCAUAAUUAUAUAUCUCAAAACAGAGGCUAUAAAGUACCCCAAUUGUAUUUUAUAAACACAGUCAAAACUGACGUUCUGUGACUUCAUCCAGAUCCUGACUUAAAUCUUGACAGAAAAAUUUCCAAAGCCUGGAUCUCAAUACUAGAUUUUCUGAUUCAAAAUGCUGAAUGUGGGGGUAAGUUCUGGCUUUAAUAUUUUUUAAGACAUACAUUUCUGAGUGACUGCAGUGUGCAGCUAAGACAGAGUGACAGCAACCUCAGAUCCACCUGGUGGGAUGGGACAGGUACCAGCAGAAGAGGCGCCCGAUUUGUACAUUUUUUUUAAGGUGCUAGGCUGUGCCAUAUGUGAACAGCCAUGCUGCAGGUUGAUUUGGAACAUCUUUAGAACCGCUCCACCUUUGUAAGGACAAGGAUUUGUCUUUCUUCUUCAAAUCCUGUGAUCGACCCUGGCGCAGAGGUGCUCACCGUGUCUGUUAAAUGGAACGUUAAUGAAAGUGCCCAAGACUCUCCUCAGGGGCAGACGGGCACUUAAGAUUCUGCUCAGCAACUGAGAUUGUGAUCCUAAAGGACUUUAAAAAUGGCAAAGGACAGAUAUUAUUCUAGAAGCUGGAAGGAAUGAUUGUAUAACAUGUGUGUCACCGAUAAUAGCUUCUCAUCUUUAACAUGAGUUUAUUUCUUCAAGUCACUUUCCCAUCCUUUCCAUCUCCUUUCCGGUAAAAAUAGAAACACCACACCCCUUUUUGCUGUUACAUAUGUUUACGGCUGUGAAACAAUGUAAGAAAGAAGUCAGAAGCUCCCGACUCUCGUUACAUCCAGGACUGUGACAGUAUUAAGAAAAUGAAUACAUAACUGCUUCAUGAAUCUUCAGGAUUGUCGGAAUGACAGAAAACUACAGACUGCGUGUGUGCUGUCAGGCUGAAGGCCACGCUGCUCUGUUUAUCUCCAGAGAACUUCCAAUACUAAGUCAAAUCCUUUCCCCUUUGUGUUUUGAUCCAGCAUUUCUGUUAGCUAAGGAUGCAGUCUCCCCGAGAGUCAUCAGAACAAACGCUCUCUGCUCUAUGACUGUUGAAAAAUAAGAGUAUCUUCUCCCUUGUCUGGACCUUGAAGAGAACUAAAUUUAAAUCUCACAAAGCCAGAAAGCAGCCUCUCCCUCUCCCUCACAGCCAACGUUCAUAUUCCUGGGCUUCACUCCCUUGCCUUGAACUGCUUGGAAUGUUAAACUCCAAGGCACUCCACCGGGAAUGAGAAGACCUGGGUUCUAUUCCUGGCAUGGCUGGUGCGUGGCUCUGUGACCUUGGGCAGAUGACUUCACCCCAGGACCUCUUCGCUCCUGUAAAAUGAGAAGAGUAUCUGGCAGAUGUCAGAGGCACUUCUGGCUCUAAAAUUCUGCAAGUGAGACUGCUUCGCAUAAAACAACCCCCAGCUUCCAAGAAACAGUGAAGAGAAAGCAGCGACAAGCAGAAACACGUCUCUGCUGACACUCCUUGCACAGCUGCCAUGGACCUGCCAAAGCAGUGGGGGGACACAGAGACUGACUGGCAUAAGGAGAAGAUGGAAUUACUGGACCAGUUUGACAGUGAAAGGGAGGAGUGGGAAAGUCAGUGGAAAAUCAUGCAGAAGAAGAUAGAAGAGCUUUGCCAGGAAGUAAAGCUUCGGAGGAAACUCAACAGGAGUGAGCGUGCCAAGGUCAUCGGUCGCCAUCAUGAGAAGGGCGCUGGAGGUGGAAGACAGGCGUCGUCCCCCAGUGAGCCGCCGGGCUCCGGGAGCCACGAAUUUACAGCCGGGGGUCACAGCGCUGUCCCGACAGAGAAACACGGCGCAGCGCAGAGCUCACUGGGUGAAGCAAAGGCGGUGUGUCGGGAACAGAAAUCAAGCAAACAGUCAGAGGUGGGGUUCAUGGAUUCAUUGGCCACAGACACACAAAAGGAGAGUGAGGAGGCCAGGCGGGGUCGCGGGACUUCGGAGGAGGAGGAGAGGAAGAGCUGCUCUGGAGCCCUCAGCACAGCUCUGGAAGAACUCGCCAAAGUGAGUGAAGAACUGUGCAGCUUUCAAGAGGAAAUUCGGAAACGGUCUAACCACAGAAGGAUGAAGUCAGACUCUUUUCUCCGAGGGGAAAUGCCAAAUGCAAUCUGGGCCUCUCAGGGGAACCACUCGAUCAACAAUGGCCCGUGCAUUUUUCCAGUCAAUUUAGAAAAAGAAAAACAGAAAAAUAAGAAUCUGAGCUGUACCCACGUGCCCCAAAGCAACUCCGUGAAAAGUUGUGGAAUUGGUGCAAUUGAUUUACAAAGACAAGAAACCCCACCAGUUCCUCCUCCAAGAAGCACUUCUCGGAAUUUCCCCAGCUCAUAUUCAGAACAAGCCCAAGAACAACUGAAGGAAAGUGCAAACCACAACAGCCGGAUGGCCCAUGGGGCCCCAGAUGAAAGGAACUCCAAUCCUUGUUUUCUGUCAAGGCAGCGUGAGAUACCUGCACUGGGUCCACAUGAGGGAAAGACUUCGGCAGAUAGUGUCAUGUUCGCCUCUUUGAUACCAGAAAUCCAAAUAGAUAGCAGUGUUCAACUUGGCAUAAGUCCAUGCGAAGCUGGCGAGGAUGCCACCAAGAGCCUCUCUACUUUGUGGCUUCAGCAGCCGCAGGUUGGGAAAGUGGUUCCAGAUCACCCUGCUAAAUCGCAUCCUGCUCCUCACGUGAAUAAUGACAGUGGUUCCUUGGCACAGAGUAGUGGCCCACAUAGAAGUUUCAGUUGUGGCUUUGAAAGGACUACAAGGAAUGAGAAGCUGGCGACAAAGACUGAUGAGUUUAACAGAACUGUAUUCAGAACAGACAGAAAUUGCCAUGCAAUUCAGCAAAAUCGAAGCUACUCACAGUCAUCUGAAGAUAGUAAGCACUGUGAUACCUUAACGACUCCUGUAGCUGGCACAUCAGAAAGCGACAGUGUGACUGAUAUUCUGAAAACCGGUGCCCGCAUGUCUGAACCGGUGGAAAAUGUGCUUGAUAAUCCCACCAAGAAAUCCACAACUGGCCUGGUCAGACAAAUGCAGGAACACAUAAAUCCCGGCGGUUACCGGAAUGUGCUUCACGGGCAUGACUGGAGACCAGGCAAUUUAUCUGGCCGACCAAGAUCCGCCGACCCCAGGUCAAAUUACGGUGUUGUGGAAAAGCUGCUGCACACGUAUGAGACGUCAAGGGGUCCUGCGUCGCAGUGCUCUAAAUGCGUGCGGGAAAAUGGGACCGAAUGUGACGGUGACGUCAGGGGUAGCGCCACAUCGGGUCUGCAUUUGGAAGGGCUUCCGAUGGAGCGAGUGUCUCAGCCAAGGACAGUUUUGUGUGGAGGACAGCAAGUGAAACGAGGAGUAGAUCGGAAAAAGGUGGCAGAGGAAUCCACGGCUGUGAAAGCAACACAUGGAAAAGGAUUUUUGCGUCCUGCUAGGCCAGCAAAUCGCCGUCUCCCAUCCAGAUGGGCAUCCAGAUCUCCAUCGGCGCCCCCUGCCUUGUGGAGAACUGCCCCCAGCUGUACCAUUUCUCUCCAGCCUGAAGCACCAACGGUUUAAGUCUGUAGUCUGGGUUGCUGGAUUACAAAAGUUCUGAUCCUGGCUGCCAGACUGAACAUUCUGAGUGUUUACAGCUAGUCCUGUUCUCUUCUGUAUCUUUCAAGGUUCCUGGGAUGAGCAAUUUAAAUCUUAACUUACCAUCAGUCUUCAGUGUUUUUAAGCUAUGGAAUAAUGAUCUCUAUGUAUUUUGAUUUCCUAAAUCAGAAUUUUUUAAUGUCAUAUUCAUUAAUCCCCCCCUAUGAUUUAAGUUGAAACAAUGUACAAUACUGUAUAUUCUGACUUUCUUGCAAGUGGCAGAUAGCAAGAUUAUGUGCAUGGCCAUGUGUUUGUAGGUGCAUGUCUUGCAAUAGGAAGUACUUGUAUGUAUUUAGAUAAGGAAAACUUAUGUGAUAGUGUUGACUUUGAAAUUAUAACAUGUACACCUAUAUACUGUUUGUGUUUAUUUAAAGGCUUUGAAGAUAUACAUUGCUAUUUAUAUUUUCUAUACCUUUUAAUAGGUAUCUGCCUAAAAGCAUUUGAGGUUCAUAUAUUGAUUAACCACUUCCUUGGCCCACACAUACAUUGAAAAAUAAGAAUUAUACAAAUAUCCAGCAGUAGGAGUUUUCUAAGUGCUCUUCAUGAAUAACUUCUUAACCUAUUGAUGAAGAUGACAUUGAUUUUCUUGUUUAUUCUUUUAAAUAAGAGUCACAGGUUAACAGAUCAGCUUCUAAAGCAAGCAUAAAAUGUUGAUAAAAGUUUUUGUGUAUCGUAUGGUGGUCUCAAAUGGCUUUAACUGUAUACUUAAUUUUUUGAGCCAGUGUCACGAGGCUGCCUAAUGAACAACAGGACUAAAUCAUGAAUUUAUUUUGUCAACCUCAGUAAAGAGCAUCCCUUAAAUGGGAUGUAAAAAGGUUAAGUCAUGUUGAAUUUUUCUUUCUUUGUUAAAAUUGUGAUCAGCUUUUAGUUUAGCUGCUUUACAUGGAGUCAUACACGUUUAAAGGUAAGUCAUUCUUCCAUUCCUGCCUUAACCUUUUCCCUACAAUUGUAGAAGAGCUAAUUUACUUUGUUUUAUUAACAAGCUUAUUGCAGUAUACAGUCUAUUUCUUGUGGUGUGCUAUAAAAAACAGUCUUAAACUAAACUUUGGCACCCAGAGUAGCAUAAGGAACAGAAAUGCGUGUCUUGGCUACAGUUUGCAUACAGCGAAUGAAUAAAAUGUAUCUUGAGAACUGAUAUAAAUAGGAAUAUUGAGGGCCUGGAAUUUUACAUAGAGGAUCUUAGAAGAAACUUUUGCUCUAUUGUCUCCAUUUAAAACAAACUUUGUCGUGGUGUUAGUUACACAUUAACUAUAUGUAGGCUUUUCUUUUUUACCAAAAGGCUUAAGGGAUUCUCACAUCAAACAUAAAGAAGAACCUUCUCCUUGUGAUGUUGUAAUGACUUACAGGAAUUCACUUGGCUAUAUACUGCCGUGAGGUAAACAAUUUGCAAAUUUCAGGAAGCCCUAAAAAGCUCAAGGCUGUAGCAUGGUGGUGGCUUAAUUUGUGCUUUACAAUAAGAAGAAUUCCAGAAAUUAAACCGAAUUAAAUUUCUAGGAUAUGAGUUUGGAUUGGAUGGUAAAUAAGGGCUUCAGACCUAUUCUUCUAACUCUUGUUUCCAUCAAGGGAUAGCUUUUUCUACAAGAAAUCUGUCAAAGAAAAGUAACCUAGACACAAAGUGGUAUCAUUCUAAUUAUGUCCUUUUUCCACCAAAGGGGAGAAGACACUAGGAAGGUGAUACCCUGGGGUGUGAAAAGAUGGACCAGUUAGGGGAACGUGGCACCCAAGGACUGUGAGAGGUGCCUCUUCUCUCCAUCCCUGUGACAGGCAGCUGGACACGAUUUGUGGUCCCUGCCUCUACCUACACAUCCCGGUACUAAGGAUCUCUUCUUUAGAAGAUGAAAUUCCUGACCUCGACCCCAUAAUUACUAAGGCAGUAUUUCCAAGAGUAGGAACUGAGUUCCUGGGUGUCUCUAAUAAAACCAAUCCAAACAAAGUAAUGCAAAGUAUUUGAUGAGCAGAUAGAUUUGGAAGCAAUGACACUGACUGAUAGCUGAAUAGUGGGGUCUUGGGUCAUCAUUUUCUUCCCCUGACUCUCUUUGUGAUCUGUAAACGGACUCAUUUUGCCCAUUGUUAUGAUUUUAAGCCCCUUUUGUUAUCCAAAAAAAAACAAACAAACAGUGGGACCAUUUUAACAUCUUAUGUUGACUAAAAUUGUAGAAUACUGGAGCUGAAAAAAUAAUGAGCACCCUGUCCAAGCCCCUGAAUGUAAAACUGAAGAAACCAGUUCUGUGUAUUCUUUUAAAAUAUUUUCUAAUUUUGUAAUGGAAAACCCUAUAAGCAAAAGAGAAAUUAUCCUUGAAAACAUUUUUGAUGUAUUGUGAUUUUUAACUCAUCAAUUUUCUACUUGAGAUGGGCAUUUUCUUCCCCACAUGCUCUCUUCAUGAUCCAGUCAUUGCUGGAUUUAAGGGAUUUAUUGAUGUUUAUAAAACCAUUUACUCCUAUUUGUAGAUGUUUUCCUUAGAAGAAUUUUGGAAGGACAGUCUUACAUUAUUUCACAAAGAAUUACUGAUACCAUCUGCUGAACUGAUAAAACAGUAAGAAUGGCACAGAGAAAGCUUCUUGAGUAUCUGUAUGUGUGAUGUGCACAUACCCCACUCUCACAGAAAUUCUAGACAUUGCCUCAUGGCCCAAAUAUAAAAAUGUAGAUGAUGCUCUGUAUAGUUCACCAUUUGAAAAAGUAUGCACAAUCUCCAUAUGUCUCAUAUAGAGGUGGUGAGUCUGAUGUUUCAUUUGGUUGAUGUUACCCUAAAACAUGGUUUACUUCAAUAGCAGUGAUUGAACCAGGAACUGUAUCAUCUGGACCUAAAAGAGUAUCUGCUUCCCUAAAAAGAUCUGUAAAAUUAUUUUAGGCACACUUGCUGAAAAGCUACUUGAUAUUUGAAAUCUUCAAACCUUGGCAGUUAAAUAAAAUAAGUUUGGAAACACCCACUGUGGUAUUUGAU